UGUGCAGCCCCGGAAGCGGCCGGGGGAAGCUGCUCCGCGCGCGCUGCCGGAGGAAGCGCCACCGGGUCCGCUCCGUUCCCAGUCCGGCUGGGCCAUGGAGUCCAUGUCUGAGCUCGCGCCCCGCUGCCUCCUGCUUCCCCUGCUGCUGCUGCUGCCGCUGCUGCUGCUACCGGCCCCGAAGCUGGGCCCGAGCCGCGCCCGGGCGGAGGAGACCGACUGGGUGCGAUUGCCCAGCAAAUGCGAAGUGUGCAAGUAUGUUGCAGUGGAGUUGAAGUCCGCUUUUGAGGAAACUGGGAAGACCAAGGAAGUGAUCGACACAGGCUAUGGCAUUCUGGACCGGAAGGCCUCCGGAGUCAAGUACACGAAGUCGGACUUACGGUUAAUUGAAGUCACAGAGACCAUUUGCAAGAGGCUUCUGGACUACAGCCUGCACAAGGAGAGGACUGGCAGCAACCGGUUUGCCAAGGGCAUGUCGGAGACCUUUGAGACGCUGCACAACCUCGUCCACAAAGGGGUCAAGGUGGUGAUGGACAUCCCCUAUGAGCUAUGGAACGAGACCUCCGCCGAGGUGGCCGACCUCAAGAAGCAAUGUGACGUGCUGGUAGAAGAGUUUGAAGAGGUGAUUGAAGACUGGUACAGAAACCACCAGGACGAAGACCUGAUGGAGUUUCUGUGUGCCAACCACGUGCUGAAGGGCAAGGACACGAGUUGCCUGGCGGAGCGGUGGUCUGGCAAGAAGGGGGACAUAGCCUCCCUGGGAGGGAAGAAGUCCAAGAAGAAACGCAGCAGGGUCAAGGGCUCCGCCAGUGGCAGCAAGCAGAGGAAGGAACUGGGGGCCCUGGAGGGGGAUGCCAGCCCCGAGGAGGACGAAGGUGUGCAGAAGGCAUCCCCCCUCCCCCACAGCCCCCCCGACGAGCUGUGAGCCUGACCGCGUCUUGAAUUAAGACCCCUGACUUCAGAGCCGAAGAGCAUGGGACAGGGCUCCAGCAAGGAUGGCUGUUAUGCCAGCUUCAGGUCUCCUACCUUGGCUGUGCCCUCUUCCUUCCCUUGAGCAACAGCAGGAAGUGGAAGGAUCUGGGGUGUCGGGAGAUGCCACCCCCAGAAGGAAGAAGAGGAUGUGCAGAAGGCAGCUCUCUUUCUACACAGCCUUCCCCUCACGGGCUCUGGGUCCAACCCAUCAUCCCCAAACUGUGACUGCUGACCUGGAAGCUGAAGAGCAUGAGGCACAUGAGAUGACUUCCCCCAGCAUCCGGUCUCUUGACUGGCCAGUACCCUGUUCAUCCAGAGGGGCACAGCCCACGGAAAGGCAGCAGCAUGCUCUUAUGCUCGGCCCUUGGUCAGGUCUCGAGUUUCAGAACUUGCAGGGUGAACUCAGGAGGUGUGGCAGAAGGGGCUGAGCAGGGCUAGAGCCACUCCAGAGCCUGUGGUGAGGGCACCCCCUCUGGCCCCACAGGGAGGCAAAACUGCAGCCCCAGCCACUCCGUCUCCAUCCACUCCCAACACCUCGUGCUCUGCCCAGCCCCCCUCCCCAGGGCUACCGGAGUAAACACCUUUUGGCCUUUUGGUUAGGUUCCUGGGUCCUCUCAGCCUCCAGAGUGUCCCUUGUCUCUCGCUUCUCCCUGCCCAGAGUGUCCCUUGUCACUCGUUUCUGCCUGCCUCCCCCGGUCCUGGGGGCUUCGAAGGUGACAUGCUGGCCCCCUCAGUGGAGGCCUAACCUGCCAGUUACUAGGAGCGGGUGCCGGGAGUACCCAAGGUUGGUUUGGGUUCUAUCUGGUUCUCAACCUUAAUCAUGCUGCGACCCCUUAAUAUGGUUCCUCAUGUUGUGACCCCCAACCAUAAAAUUAUUUUUGUUGCUACUUCAUAA